AUGGAUCGAAUCCCUCCCCCAGCGUCGGCAUAUCCGACCCCAGGCUCCGCCGGCCCGAUCCAAACGUCAAGUCAUUUGGUGCCGUUCUCAGGCAUCGACGAAAAUAAUCGCACCUGGUCCCUUCAAGUGGUACAGCAGCCGGUUCGCGCCCGGAUGUGUGGCUUUGGUGACAAGGACCGGAGACCUAUCACACCCCCGCCUUGCAUUCGUCUCAUCGUCAGAGAUGCACAAACCGAAAAGGAGAUCGAUAUUAACGAACUCGACACGUCUUUCUAUGUCCUCAUGGUAGACCUCUGGAACGCGGACGGAACUAACGAGGUGAACCUGGUGAAACAUUCGGCUACCUCGCCGUCGAUAUCCACGGCCAUGUCUUCCUCCUACCCGCCGCCUCCUCAGAAUCCUUAUCCGCAAUACCCACAAAACGCCUACGGUCAGCCGGUCCCAUUCCCUCCCAUGAACAAUUACUACGGAGGGAACCCCCAACUUCAGUAUCCAAACGCCUAUGGCGCCAAUACGCAGACCCCCUACUACCAACCAUACUACUCCGGCAGCCACAUGCCGCCAUCGAAUAUCUCUCCCGCACAGCCGGUCAGCGCCGGACCUGGAGGGAUGUUCACGCGAAACCUCAUCGGGAGUUUGAGUGCCAGCGCCUUUCGGCUGACCGACCCCGACAACAAAAUUGGAGUGUGGUUCAUUCUGCAGGACCUGAGUGUGAGGACCGAGGGAGUCUUCCGUCUGAAAAUGAGCUUCGUCAACGUCGGCACGGACUCCAACGGAGUGACCGUGAUCAACCAUGGCUCUCCGAAAGUCCUGGCGUCCGUCUUCUCCGAACCCUUCCAGGUUUUCUCCGCCAAGAAAUUCCCUGGUGUCAUUGAGAGUACGACGCUGAGUAAAUGCUUCGCCCUUCAGGGCAUCAAGAUUCCGAUUCGCAAGGACGGCGUCAAGGGCUCGCGAGGGCGCAACAACGACGAUGACGACGGGGACGAUUACGAUUAA